AUGCGUGAUUCAACCAAAAAUUUGAAGGUUAUGGAGGGGGUAGAAAGUGAUAUUAACACGGAAAAACAAGAGCAAGAGCAAAAAUCCGAAGAAAAUUUACCGGUUUCAGAAACUAAAUUUGAAACUGAGUUAAAGCUGUCAGAGGACUCGGACGACGACAUAGAGACAAGUGAUGAAAGCGAUAGUGAAGCUAAUGUAAAAAAGGCACUUAAAGACGAAGAGGCGCUACUAAAGCUGGGACAGCCGAAAGAGACAGAAUCUGGCAAUUUCUUCGACCGUCCCGAUCCCAAUAAAUUACAGCUAUUUUUUGAAUUCCAUCCAAAGGUACCUGUCGCACAAAAAGAUGUACCUUUCAAUGUGGAAAAAGCGUUUACGCGUAAUAAUAAAACAAAAAGGAAAUGGUUGAGCUAUAGUGAAGAAAGAAAGGCACUUUUCUGCACAAUUUGUCUUGCUUAUUCAGUUGAGAGUAAUAAAGAUCAAAGUUCUGCUUUUGCAAGAGGUAUGUCUGAUUGGAAACAUGUAUAUCAGCGAAUAAAUGAGCAUGAAAGUUCAAUCAGUUAUGGAAAAAACUGCGAAACAUAUUUCAUGUAUAUUAAAAAUCAAACAAUUGAAAAAAUACUUUUUGGAAACGUUGUUGAAAUGAGAAAUAAAAAAGUUGCAAGCAAUCGGCACGUUUUGGAUGUUAUUAUUGAUGUUAUAAAACUAAUUGGCAAACGAGGACUUUCUUAUCGGGGCACAGCAAAUGAAGCUGCAUACAAUCUAGAAAAUGAAAACCUAGAUCAUGGUAAUUUUUUGGAAAUAAUCUUACUUUUAUCGAAAUUUGAUGUUAUUUUGAAGAAACAUUUGGACGCCAUUGUUAAAAAAAGCAAAAGUUAUCACAAUAGAAAAAUCAAACGUCGAGCUGGAAAUUUCUACACAUUUUUGUCAAAAACUACUGUAAAUUCAAUCAUUGUCAUAAUCACAGAAAUUAUUCUAAAGAAGAUUUCUUCAGAGAUACAGACUGCCACUAUGUUCUCUAUAGAAAUAGACAGCACUCAAGAUAUUUCAGUAACAGACCAAUGUUCAGUUGUAACAAGGUAUGUUUACAACGGAACAAUUCACGAACGCCUUCUUGCAGUUGUUCCUUGUCACAAUUCAACAGGGAAGGGAUUUCAUACCAUGAUUCAUGACAUACUGGUAAAAAAUGGUUUGGAUGAAAAAAAUUGUAUUGCUGACUCUACUGAUGGGGCGGCUAAUAUGCAAGGGAGAUAUUCGGGAUUCUCCAGUUUCAUGGUCCAGGAAAAUUCAAAUCAUGUUCAUGUUUGGUGUUAUGCGCAUAUUUUAAAUCUUGUUCUGACAGACAUUUUUAAAUCCCACAUUAAGGCCGCAUCAUUUUUUUCAUUACUGAAUUGUAUAGCAGCAUUUUUUAAAGAAUCUCAUCAACGCAUGGGUUACUGGUUGGACAUUGGUAACAAUGCUAGAUCACAGAAACUUCAGUUGAUAGGAGAAACUCGUUGGUGGUCAAAGGAAGCAGCGCUCAGUAAAAUUUUUGGUAAUUUAAAUGAACCUAAUAAAGCACUGUACGUUGAUUUAAUUGACAUUCUUAAUACAAUUGAAAAUUCACAAAAAAUUAAGCCAGAUGCAAGAGCGACUGCUGCAAAUUACAAAGCACAAUUACUGAAAUACGAAAAUAUUUUAAUUGGGCACAUAUUCUUAAAACUGUUCUCUAUAACAGGCCCUUUAUCAAGAUAUAUUCAGACAACAGGGUUAGAUUUAUUAAAAUGUAACUUUAUGGUUAAUGAUUCUAUACUGAGUUUAAAAAAAAUGCAACGAAAUUUUCCAGACAUUGAAGCAUCUGCAGAUAAAUUUGUAGGGUGGGCUAAACUCUCUUUUGAAAGGAGAGACUUCGAAUUUUUUAUUGAAGAACAAUUGCACGAGUUUCGAUCAAAAAAGAAAAAGAAAUUCUUUGAUGAGAAAACUUCUGAUGAAAUCCCAGUAAGCCCAAAAGAAAAUUUUAGAAUUGUUUUUUUUAACGUUAUUGCGGAUACUGCAGUAGAAUCAAUCAGUAGAAUAUUUGCAAACAACGCUGAAUUAUGUAGGGAUCUGAACAUUUUAGAUCCAAAUAAUUUUGAAGAAAUCGCCAAAGGUGAGCUACCUGAGAAUUCUCUAAAAAUAUUGUCAGAAAAAUUAAUACAGUUUGAUUCUUCUGCAACUCCUGCAAAGUUGAAAGAAGAGUUAGCAAGCUUUGCAAGCAACUGGAAACAUAUUAAAUUAACAAUUGAAGAUUCAUAUGAAAUAAAUUAUGCUAGACUUGAUGUGGGGUUAGACGACUCUUCUUAUGCACAGUCAGAUGUAGACGAAGAUGACUGUAUAACAAAACAGAGUACAAAAUCAAGGGUGUGCAUCGAAUCUAACAAAUGUCAGAACUGUGUCAUUUGUUGCUACGGUUCAAUUUUAAAAUAUAAUUUGUUUAAGGGGGCUUAUUCCACGCUGGUAUUGGCUUAUCAAUAUAUACUUUCAUUGCCCAUCUCGCAAGUGGCAUGUGAACGAUCGUUUUCAACUUUAAAAUUUAUCAAAAAUAGAUUAAGAAACUCCUUGUCUGAUAAUAGACUCGAGUCGUUCAUGCUGAUGAAUAUUGAAAAUGAUAUACUGAGCGAUAUCAACAAUGAUGAAAUUAUUAAUCGUUUGGGUCAAACAACCAAAGUAAUGAAGGACGCUUUAAUUUCAAAUAGUGAGGAUGAACCAUUUCAAAGUUCAGGCAGCGAGUUUCUGCCUUCGAAUGAUUCUGGUACAUCUGAAAAUAAUUUAUAUGAAGAGAAGGAGUCCGCUGAUAAAGAGGCUGGAAAUAAUAAACAUGGACAAAAGAAAACGAAAGAUCCCAAGAGCUGGAAAAGAAAUGUGCAGAAAAUAAAAAGAGCUAGAGGUGAAGUUUAUAAAUCUACGACAACGAGAAAAGUGGUACCAGAAAGGAAACAAGGCGAUGAUUGCAAAUGUAGUAAGAAAUGCAUAGAAAAACUUUCAGAAACCGAAAAGCAGGAAAUAAUGUAG